AUUUAACAGAAAAACCCAAACUUCCGAUGCAAUUCCACUUACGUGAGUCAACGUCAAUCAACCCACUUAAACAAAACACCAAUAACGAAACUCACACACUGCCGCAAAAAAUGGCUUCUCCGUUAGCUACGGCCAUCCUCCUCGCCGCCCUAUUCGGCGUGGUUUCGAUCACGAAAUCCGCAGUCCCACACGAAUGCGCGGCAGCACGGAAUCAGAACCACCAGGCCCUCCGUCGCGACAGAGUCACCGUUCUGAUGAACGGCUUCUCGGAGUCGCGCAUCCCCCUCCUCCAUUCCCUGGCUGUGGCAUACUCCCUCUCCCCCAUUGUCUCCUCCGUGCUUGUCCUCUGGGGAAAUCCCUCCACAGCGUCAAGUGUUCUCCACCAACUUGCCCGCAACCUCUCCCUCUCCACUUCCUCCUCGCCCAUCUCGCUUCUACUCCAACCCUCCGCCAGCCUCAACAACCGCUUUCUCCCCCGUCCUGACCACAUCUCCACCGACGCCGUUUUGAUCUGCGACGACGACGUGGAGGUGGACUCAAAGUCGUUGGAAUUCGCGUUUCGCGUGUGGGAGAAAAACCCCAACCGGCUAGUGGGACUCUUCGCCCGGUCCCAUGACAUCGAUCUGAACCGGAGGGAGUGGGUCUACACGGUUCACCCGGACCGGUUCUCCAUUGUGCUCACAAAGUUCAUGCUUCUGAGAGCCCGGUACCUGUUCCUGUACACGUGCGUGGGUGGGGCCGGCAUGGCCCGCGCGCGGGGGAUCGUGGACGCGGUGCGGAACUGUGAAGAUGUGUUGAUGAACUUGGUGGUGGCAGAGGAGGCACAGGUGGGUCCAUUGCUGGUGGGGGCGAAGAGAGUGAGGGAUUACGGGGACGCGAGGAACGACGGGGAGGAAGAGGUGAGGGUGGGGUUGAGUAGUAGGAAAGGGGAGCACAGGAAGAGAAGAGGGUGGUGCAUUGGGGAGUUUCAUAGGGUUUUGGGGAGAAUGCCUUUGAGGUAUAGCUAUGGCAAGGUCGUUGAUGAUGUUGGGGAACAGGGCUUGUGUUACAAAGGUGGCAAGAUUGUCUUCUGUGAUCAAUCAUGAAACAUGAUUUUUUCACUUCAGUUUCUAUGAUUUUAAAUCUACUGUAUUUGGUUUUACACUUCUCAAGAUUUUAUUUGGCUGGAUUCCAAGCUCGUCAAGGAGGGGUUCUUUUUCUUUAAAGUUGGAGGAGACAUUGACUCCCGAGUAGGUGGACAUGGCAUGAGAGUCAAUUCCAAGGAUAUGGAGGGGAUGCUGGAGUUUGACUGUAAUGAUACUUUUCUGUUAUUUGACGGCAUUCUCUUUUUACUGUCAUGAUGCUAUUAGGGGUAACUGAUCUGUGUGAGAAAGCUUCUAAUGGAACUUUGAACUCUUUAUUCACCAUGAUAUCGAUCCGGUUGAAGGAAGAAAGUUUCAAGGUGGAGUUAAGGGAUCUUGUAAAGGUUCAAUUGACUUGUUUCGGAGUUUCAUGCUGUUUUGUGAUAAGCGAAAGUUUUUAAGGGAAAGGAGGGAUAAGAUUUUAAGAUUGUGGGGGUUUUAUGUGAGCUGGACAUGUUAAAUUUGGAUUUACUACUAUAUUGUGUGCCUGUAUAUAGCUAGUAAAUGUUUUCCUAAGGCCUCAUAAACCAGCAAAUGGAGAGCAGACACUCUUCAAGAUUUGCGAAUAUUUCCACGCAACUGUUCGUAGAUGUGCCAUUGUUGUUGGCUUUGCUGCACUUAUUACUGGUUUGGAGCACCUAGGAGACAGAUAUGAUGUGGAAAAUGUCCAUGGACUCAGCUGGGCUUUGGCAAUUUGGCCAUAAGUGUUGCAUUGGUUGUUAUUUAUUUGGAUUACCAUGAAAGGCAGCGAAUAAAUCGGAAGAUAUUUCAAAGAAGCAAUGGGGGUGGUUGGUAAUCUUAAGGAAAAUGAUUCACUCGAUCUCUUGAACAACUACAGAUAAAGAGUUACUACCUUUUGUGAGAAUGGACGUUCAGUUAGAUCGUUAGAACAGAUAAAAUUGAAUUCCUUAAGUUCGGAGAGAAAGUUGCCAUUCUAGCCUGAUUUUCGCAAACUUUUUAUUUAAUGUGAGCUCACAUUCUUCUUUGUUAGUUAUGAAGCGUUUUCGGAGGUGAAAAGAAAAGGGAGUCAAUUACUUUUCAAUAUCUUUUUUUAGCAUAUGUUGCCUUCUAAUUCUAGGAAGAGUAUCUUUCCUGCAGCAUAUAUUCCCUAAUACUGAUACAUCUUCAACUGAUUAGGUUAUAUUGAUUCUUAACUCCAGCGGCUACACUAUUUCUUUUACUACUUCGUCUCAAAGUAGAAGAAAUAAGGUGAAUUUGUAGGUUCUAUAUGGUUAGUUUGACAGUAUCAUAAUAGAUGAUAUCAGACAUGGAAUGCUAUCUGGCCAAAGGCAUUGUUGUAAAUUAUGAGAUGCAGAAAUUUAAUGCAUGAUUUUUUUC